AUGUCAGAGCGGUUGUGUCUAGGUCGGAUUAAAAAUAUUGAAUCAUAUCAUCUCAAUAUAUCACUGCUUCAUGGCGUUAAAGGCCGUGUUCAAAUCACUGACAUAAAUUUACCUUAUCGCGAUGCCCUCGAACAGUUACUAAAUGGACAUUCAGAAGCAAAUGUUAAAUUGAUGAAUGAAAUGUUUGAGGUUGGCCAAAUUGUAAGAUGUUCGCCUCAACCUGGUGAAAUUAUUUCUGAUGUCGCAAUGAAGUCUAAAUCAAAACCGGUUGGACUGUCACUUAAUCCUUCUCGAGUUAAUCGAAAUCUUAAGAAAUCUCUUCUGAAACCUUAUGUCACCUUCGUUGGAGGUGUGAAGAGUGUUGAGGAUAACGGAUAUAUUAUUGAUACAGGGAUCAGUGGUCUAGAUGUCUUCUUGCCUUAUGAGGAAACACCUCUUCCUGUCGGCAAAAAAUAUUCCAUUGGUUGCCUGGUUGAACUCGCAAUCCUGGAUGAUCAGUUCGCGACUACGAAAUCUCGUGUGCUUCGGUGUUCUAUGCUCAGAAGGCAGAGUGUCCCAGAUUCGAAUGAAAUUCCUUUCGAUAGUCUUCUUCCUGGAAUGCGUAUCCCAGUCAAGGUUACAUCAUCUAGUUUAGAGGGUCUCGAUUGUACUUUUAGCUCUUUCCUCGUCCACAUUCCAGCCCAGCACUGUCCCCAAGAAGUUACAAAAUAUUCACCUCGGAAUCAACUUAAUGCUUGCAUUGUUGAUAUUGAUUUGGCUACCAAAUCUAUUACGGCUAGUCUUCUUCCCCACUUUGUUAAGGAUGAUCUUAAAGAAUCAGAAGGCCUUAUGGCUUAUAAGCACGUUAAAGUUGGUGCUUUUGUUGAAAACGCCGUACUCAAACGCCGUGAACGGAAUUGUGUUUAUCUUUGGUUACCGUCUUUUCAGAGAUGUGGUGUCUUGCUGAAAGCAAACGCUUAUGGAAAAGACGCUCCCAAGAAAUGGACUUCCCACUUUCCUGAAAAUACCGCCACCAAAUGUCGUAUUAUUGAUUUUGAUCUUUUCCUUAAUUCCCCUAUGGUUUCUAUUAGAAAGAAUGUUCUUGAAUCCCCAUUCCUCACUCUUGAGGACGUUAAAGUCGGGUCAAAGAUUUCUGUAUCCGUGAAGAAAUUCCUUCCUCGUGGAGUUUCAGUUCGUUUGGGUGGAACUAUACGUGGUGUUAUUCCCUAUAUGCAUCUUUCUGACGUCCCCAUCAAAAACCCCCAAGAGCGCUUUAAAAUUAAGAGCAAGAUUAAGGCGAUGGUUUUGGGAAUAAAUCACGAAAAAGGAGAGCUCCAGUUGACUGCAAAGAAAAGUCUGUUGUCGUCUAGUUUCCCCAUCCUCGGCAGUGCUAACAUGCUACAGUCAUGGGAAAAGACGGUAGCUAAAAAUAAGGCAAAUCGACAAUCACCACCGGAAUCUUCCUUCGUCACCGCUUAUGUCAUUCAAUCCAGUGAAAAGGGAGUGCUGGUUUGUGGCAUGAACAACGUGCGUGCUUGGAUUCCUCGAUCUCAAACUCUCGUGAAUGAGAUGUCAACGCCUGAAGCCGCCUCCUAUACCAAAGGCGAAACUCUUCAAUUGAGAGUUCUAAAACGCCUUCAAGUUUCCCCGCAAAGAGGGAAAAAACCUUCGACUCAGUUUCUUCUCUCACAAAUUAUCAAAGUACUGGGCUUACAAGUGACCCUUCUCAGGUCAGCAGAGUCCGAGGAAGUCUUAACAUCCGCGUUUCUUCCCUACACUCAUCUCUCCGACAGUAUCUCAAUAGCCAAUUUGGCACAACUCUAUCGAGAUACCUGUUUCCGGCUCAAUUCUAUCCUAUCACUAACUGAAGAUGGAAAUACGCCCGCUCGUGUUGUAGUUGUUUCUACAAGUGGCAGGGAGGGAGUGGUUGUGUCAGCAAAACCUUCUCUUCUUGAGGCUGCUCAAACUUCUAACGAAUCUCCUGGUGCUGGAUUCCUUCGCAGCGUUGAACAACUCCAGGUUGGAACUCAGUGGGUUGGUUGGGUAGCGCAUCAUAUGGAUUACGGGACGUUCGUAGAAUUUCCUGGAGGAUUUCGUGGCUUAGUUCCUACCCGUUACCUCUGCGAUCGAAGAGCACCCCCGGGAACAGAUUGGUCAUCUCUUCUUCCUCCCGGAACCAGUGUGGAAGCCAAAAUGGUCGAAAUGAAUGGCUCCCGUUUUCUUCUUUCACUUCGAAUGACUGACACUUAUUUCUCAGCCGAAGAACAAUACGUCAGACAUGCUGUUGCUAGAACUGAACGUUAUCUCAACGAAUGUCGAUGGAUUUGCAAACAUGUGAAACAACUCAAUAACUUGUCUCACUUCACCAUGGGUCAACUCGUCAAGUUCCACGUUGAUGGUUUGACUGAAGAGGUUGUAACGGGG